AUGGAAGCAUUCCAGCAUCAGCUACUCACUUUUACUGGGGGUCUGAUCUGUUUCUGUAUUCUGGUAAAAUGCAUCAGAUUUAUGAAGUGUAUGUUCGCACAUAUCUGGAGUGCUUUGCCUCAGACUUUCUUUCGAUCACUGGGAGAAUGGGCAGUGGUCACAGGAGCAGGAGAUGGGCUUGGAAAAGCGUAUUCCUUUGAGCUGGCGAAACGUGGAUUAAAUGUAGUUAUGAUAAGCAGAACUCUAGAAAAACUGCAGAGAGUAGCCUCUGAAGUUGAGCAGGCCACUGGUCAAAAGGUGAAGAUUAUACAAGCUGAUUUCACAAAAAAUUCAGUAUAUGAGAGCAUUGAAAAAAGUCUGCAAGGUUUGGAUAUUGGUGUUCUGGUUAACAAUGUUGGAAUGCUUCAUAAUCCCCUUCCAUGCCGCUUCCUUAAUGGACCUGACAUAGAUGAGAACCUCAUCAACUGCAAUAUUAUUUCUGUUACAAAGAUGACAAGAAUAAUUUUGAAACAAAUGGAGCCCAGGAAAAAAGGUCUUAUUCUGAAUCUGUCUUCUGGUCUGGGUACUUUCCCUUGUCCGUUAUACACGAUGUACUCAGCUUCUAAGGCUUUUAUAAGCACUUUCUCCAAAGCACUGCAAGCAGAGUAUAAGGCAAAGGGAAUUAUCAUACAGGUGGUGGCACCUUAUGGCAUUUCUACUCCAAUGACAAUGUAUCAAAAACCUGGUCUUAUUACAAAGACGGCAGAAGAGUUUGUUAGUGAAUCACUAGAUUAUGUCACCUUUGGAGAUGAGAUUUUCGGAUGUUUAGCCCAUGAAAUGCUGCAACAUACUUCAGGAAGCAGUCCUGCAUGCAUUUACCAGCUAUCUGAAGAAGAGGUGGAGGAAACCCUAGCAGAGUAA